UAGACAACCGAGAGAGAGAGAGAGAAAUCCUCUUCUCUACCACUGAGUUUAGUGUGAGGAGGUUCAAGCAAUUUAUUCUGACUGAGUGGACUGCAUUUCAUACCAUGGGAGGACAAACUGAAAUAGAAGAAGAAACCAACAAACACUAUCUGUAAAGGACCACAUUUCAUACUGGAUUAUUGGGCUUUCCUCUCUCAAUCUUUGGCAUGGUGAUGUCCUAGAUUACCAGCACGUAUUGAAGAGGCUGCUUGUUCUGGACCACAGUGGACUUUGAGGGUCUUUCUCUGAGUGUGAGUGAGUGUGUGUGUGUGAGCGGGAUCAUGUCAAAAGGACAUUUCACUCGCCUGUUGAGGGGACUUUGGGUACUGUGGCUGUGGCAAGCUGAUCUUGUGUCGGGUAGUAAGCUCUGGGAGGUACCCAUAGCCCUCUUUGGAUCUUUCUCCAACCACACGACUAGCCUGGAAUGGGAGCCACAGUGUCAGUAUCCCCACCUGCAGGACGGCAUCAGAAUCACAGCCGACAUUCCCCCAAGACUGGAGGGCAGCUGGGUGUCAACAAGAUGCGAAGUUCGGCCUGGCCCUGAGUUCCUGACCCGUUCCUACACCUUCUACCCAAGCCACCUGUUCAAAGCCCUGCAACACUACUACACUGACAGUGGGUGCGAGGAGCCCGCAUACUCUCUGGUGGUCCGGGGCAAGCUCCGUCUGCGCCAGGCUUCCUGGAUCACUCGUGGUGCCACCAAGACAGAGCACCACCUCCACAAAGUGGGCAUUGUCAUCCACAGCCCAGGCGCAAUGCACCAGCUGGCAGCCCGUCUACCCUCCGUGUGUGUGGGCCUCACCUUGGGUGGCAUGGUGCCCGGGCGCCUGUACGAGCUGUACAAUGCCCGGGCAGGGAGGGACUGUCUGGGUGCCUCGGGGUACUCGAUGAUGGAGUUGGGCUUGGUGAGAGUGGAGACCCAGCAUCAGCCCCAUGGAGGUCUGGUUCAGGAGCUCUUCCUUGGGGACGUGCACACAGACUGGACCCAGAGGACAUACUAUCGACCAAUGGGCUACCAACAGCCACUGCAGAAUGCUAUGCACCACAUCCACCCCUGCCCAGCGUGCGCCUUGCUGUUCCGGGCCUCAGAACAGCGCCCCCCCGUGUUACCCCAUGUCCCUGCAGCAACGCCUCUGUCCUUGGACGGCCGAUGGGUGAGCCAACGUUGCGAAGCCCGGCCUGCCGUCCUCUUCCUCACCCGAGACUUCACCUUCCGCCCAGAUGAGCAUUCCUGGGAAGGCCUCUACCGCCACUACUCGGAACCCACUUGCAGCCAGCCCACCUUCACCCUGCGGGCUUCAGGCCACUAUGCCCAGGGAGGCCCCUCAGCCAAAGUGGCGGGAGGGACUGAGUUCGUCUUCAAGGUAACCCGGGCCAGAGUCACCGUUCUGGAAGGGGCCACGGCCAGGGUGCUCAACGAGACUAGGCGGGGCAGCUGCGGGAAGGCGGGGGGGUGGGAGGUGGGAGUGGAGCAGGACGUGACCCCCACGGAUGGGUGUACCGUCCUGGGGAUCAAGCUGCCGCACAAGGAGUAUGAGCUGUUCAAGACGGAGCUGGACCAUCGACGGCGCACUCUGCUGUUCAUCGGGGAGAGGCCGACGGAUGGCUCCAGCCCUGACCGGCCCCAGAAGAGGCCAACGUCUUACCAGGCCGCCCUGGUGCAUUGUUGCGAGGAAGACACCCCCACGUCGCAACGCCACACCAACCAGCUCAAGCUAGCAGCUAGUGGAACCAAUAACCUACCACGGCUCCCUUUCUUUGCCCUAGUACUGGUCUCUUUACUGUGGGGUUGGUACUGUGUGUUCUAGAGACAAACUGAACAUUGGAGAAGAACACACAAAUGAUGGUGGAGCUGCUCGUGGUCUAUAAGGAAACUCCAUGUGCUCCUCCUCAAUAUCAAGAUAAUGCCAGACCACAUAAUAGAUGGCUAAAGCCAUCUUCAAGAAAACUGUACAUAGACUGUCAGUCUAUCCAUGUUGCAUAUCUAUCAUAUUAUAUGUGUCUCAUUUUGUUUUCUUUUAAACCGGAGAUGCCUUUUGGCAAAUGUUUAAGUCACAUAAGCGUUCCUUUUCUUGAGAGUGGCAGAUUCAGACUUAGGAAAGGCGUGCGUUUCCUAUGUACUUCUCAGUAUUUGGUAUUCAGACUUACCUUAUUCCGUCACGUAACGCUCUCUGCAGGUGUGGCUACCUUCCGCGCUCCCAAUAAAUGUAAAUAAUCCAAUGAAAACCCUCCCCACUUCCUGGCCAACAGAUUUUCUCAUGGAAUUUUCAUUCAAUAGGGUUUUCACAUAGAGAAUGAUAGAAGCUUCUAGCUGCCAAAAGGCCAUAUAAGCAUGGGCAGCACCAUUGAGGGCUUCCACCAUUUUAAUGUAGUCAACUUGGUGGGACUUCCAACUUCAUUGGCUGAUCCCUCCUGGUGACCCUGUUAGAGUUAUGUCCAACCAGGUCAUCAGGAGGGAUCAGCCAAUCAUAAAGAAGAAAAUAGACUACUUCAAAACGGAGAUAACCUCAAUGGAGCCGCCCAUGCUCAAAUCAAAUCAAAUUUGAUUUGUCACAUACACAUGGUUAGCAGAUGUUAAUGCGAGUGUAGCGAAAUGCUUGUAAAACAUGCUAUCACAGACACUAUGAUGGCACAGAUAAAAAGAUGAGUUGUCUAUCUAUCUCUAUGGGUUUUCAGUACAUUUAUGUUAAGCCAUUCCCAGGGUUGGAGAGUAAUGGAUUACAUGGGGAUUACUAAAAACGAUAACUGUAAUCCAUUACGUUACCAUCAUAAAAUAUUGUAAUCAGAUUACAGAUACUUUUGAAAAACUAGAUGAUUACUUCGAGGAUUACUUUUAAAUUCAGAAAGGAUGUUUGCGGAAAAAUCUUUGACACUCAUCUGUUCGCUCAAUGACAUUCAAAUCAGCAUUGAAAAAAGGCACUAGUUUAGAUUUGUUCCACCUGAGCGAGUCUGACCACAAGUCAGAGACCACUAUGAUGACACACCAAACGUAUUUGAUGGAUGGCGGGAAAAGAGAAGGAAUAGGCUUUUGUAGGUUACAGUCCAAGCUAUGUCUUACAAUGGUUUGACUGCUGUCGGCAUCUAAAGAUUAUCCAACUUGAAAAAAUGCUUGGAGGUAAGGAUGACAGCAGUGGUUUAGUCUACGGCGAUACGAAUAUAACUUAUUAUUGAUAUCUACAUAAUGCAUUGAUGUGAAUCACACUGCUGCUCUCUCAUUUAGCUAUUGGCGCCGUACGGAUUGUGGUUGUUGUGGAUGGCUGUUCACAAAUCUAAAUGUGUAUUUGAACCCAAUAAUGGUUGAAUUCUAGAAGUUUAAGCUGCCUAUCAAUCAUUGUUUUUGAAACCAGUGGACAGCCAGUAAAAAAUGCGCUUGAGCAGCAGCUGCACAGUGCGGAUCCAAGCCUAUGUAAUACAAGUGGGGCUGUUUUUCUUCAGUAGUGCCAUUCCAUGAGCGCUGCAUUUAUUUUUCAACUCGAAUCAAUGAGCCCAAUCAGUCCUCCAUGAAAACAAAAUCAUAAACAACAGAGUUGAGCUAGCUAAUAAAUCCUUAGUUUUGGGGUCAUGCUCAGGUAAAACAAUUUGGCUAAUCUAGAUUUCCAUAUUUCCAAGUCCUAUUCUUGAAGAUUAAUUAAGUAUAACACUUAUUGGAAUAACUUUUUAAUGUAAAGAUUUAAUAGUAUUAUUAUAUGUAAGUAGAAAGUGAUGGGUUAUAAGAAACCUACAUAACCAACCCAUAAAGUAAAAUGUAACAUUCAUAUAUGGCCAGCUAUGUAAACUUUAACAUUGAUUUAUCCUGCAAAAGAUGUCGUUCAAUUGGUAUCAUACAUUUUUGUCUUCUUCAAAUGCCUCUUAAGGGGAAAGUGAUCUAAAAGUAACACUGUUUGAGUUUGGGUAAUCCAAAAGUUAUGUUACUGAUUACAAAUUUGGAUAGAUAACUAGUAACAGUAAUGGAUUACAAUUAGAAAGUAACCUACCCAAACCUGGCCAUUCCUUUAAAUAGGGUGUACCUUUUAGUUAGAAUUUUGUCAACAGAACAUAUUGCGAGAAGGUGCUCUGAAUAUUAGUGAUCAAUGAGAAAGCCAUCUAAAUACAUGCAUAUUCAUAUCCGUUUCAGCACCAAUUGGUAGAUUGAAAAUAUUCUGAUUUUGUAGAUUAUUUAGGUUUAGGAAAUCAUCUAUGAAUAAUUUAAAAAAACAGGUUUGGAGAGCCUUUAUGCACAAAAUACAGUACCAGUCAAAAGUUACUUUGAAGAAUAUAAAAUAUAUUUUGAUUUGUUUAACACUUUUUUCAUUACUACAUGACUCCUUCCAUAUGUGUUAUUUCCUAGUUUGAUGUCUUCACUAUUAUUUUACAAUGUAGAAAAUAGUCAAAAUAAAGAAAAACCCUUGAGUAGGUGUGUCCAAACUUUUGACUGGAACUGUAUAUUGAUUGGUAAAAUGUAGAAUGGUUUGGUUCAUCCUGAAAGUUGCCACAUUCAUAUCUUCAACCCAUGUUAAUGUUGGAAGAUUAGUGUACAUAUAAUUAUAUUAGGGAGAAUACUGUACAAUAGUAGGCUAUACCCUCGUAUAUUGCCUGUAUUAACCAUGGAAUUGUGUGAUUACAAGCCAUGCAUCGGGUUCAAACUGUUACAGCUUGGUCUGUGCUCAGUCCCAUAACGAUUUAAUUAGCCUACCUUUUCAAUAUUCUUAACUGUUACUAAUGAUCCGUGACAGAGUUUACAGAGGAAGCAAAUGAAGGUAAACAAAACAAUGUAAUUAAUUGGAAUGAUAAUGUAGGAUAUACCAACUGAAGGGAACGAACAGUAAAUUGGCAGUUGAAUUUGUGUUGUUAUUAGGCUUACUGACGGUUGAUACUGAUACUAACAGUAAAUUGGCAGUUGAAUGUGUGGUUAUUAGGCUUACUGACAGUCGAUACUGAUAGUGGCUAAUAUUUAACAUGAGGAAAAUAGGAAACUGAGAAAGUCGGGAUAGCCUAAAAUAAAGACAUUUGAGAGUGUUUAUCCCCAACCUGGAUGGUUAGACAUAACAUAGUAAAUGUAAAUCCGGAACACUAAUUAGUAUGAUACAUUUCAGAAAGUAUUCAUACCCCUCGACUUAUUCCACAUUUUGUUGUGUUACAGCCUGAAUUCAAAAUUGAUUAAAUAGAUUUGAUUUCUCACCCAUCUAAACACAAUACCCCAUAAUGACAAACUGAAAACAUGUUUUUAGAAAUGUUAGCAAAUAUAGAGAAUAUCUCAUUUAAAUAAGUAUUCACAGCCCUGAGACGAUACAUGUUAGAAUCCACUUUGGUAGUGAUUACAGCUGUGAGUCUUUCUGGGUAAGUCACUAAGAGCUUUGCACACCUGGAUUGUACAAUGUUUGCCCAUUAUUCUAUUCAAGAUUCUUCAAGUUCUGUAAAAAUUGGUUGUUGAUCAUUGCUAGACAACCAUUUUUAAAAUGGUUGCCAUAGAUUUUCAAGCAGACUUAAGUAAAAACUGUAACUCGGCCACUCAGGAACAUUCACGGCCUUCUUUAGGAAGCAACUCAAGUAGAUUUGGCCUUGUGAUUUAGGUUAUUGUCCUGCUGAAAGGGGAAUUAAUCUCCCAGUGUCUGGUGGAAAGGAUACUGAGACAGGUUUUCCUCUAUGUAAAAAAAAGUGUCCAUUACUAAAUACAAAUCCUAACACAAAAACAUGGUAGGAAAAAAUAGGUUUACAAAAUAUGAAAAGUGGAUGCUAGUUAGACAUGAUGGAGCUAAAUCACUUUUAACCAUGUGGACAUAGAUGCAAAGUUCGAUAAUAGUCCAAUUCAGCUUCAAAACAGAUUCUGCCAAGAGAGAUUCUGGUCCAAAAAGCUCCAUUCCGUUUCUUUUUUUAUCCUGAAAAACUCCCCAAGCAUACUGUAUCCAUAACAUGAUGCAGCCACCAUUAUGCUUGAAAAUAUGGGGAGUGGUACUCUGUAAUGUGUUGUAUUGGAUUUUCCCCAAACAUAACACUUUAUAUUCAGGACAAAAAAGUGAAUUGCUUUGCCUCAUUUUUUUGCAAUAUUACCUUGGUGCCUUGUUUGCAAACAGGGGUGGCAGGUAGCCUAAGGGUUAGAGCGUUCGGCCAAUAACCAAAAGAUUGCUGGAUAGAAUCCCUGAGCUGAUGAGGUAAAAAUCUGUUGUUCUGUGCCUGAACAAGGCAGUUAACCCACUGUUCCUCAGUCGGCUGUCAUUGUAAAUAAGAAUUUGUUCUUAACUGACUUGCCUAGUAAAUAAACAGGAUGCAUUUUUUUGAAUAUUUUUAUUCUGUACAGGCUUCCUUCUUUUCACUCAAUUAGGUUAGCAUUGUGGAGUAACUACAAUGUUGUUGAUCCAUCCUCAGUUUUCUCCUAUCACAGCCAUUAACUUCCUGACGCACACAUCCCUGUAGCGGGAUCAUUUUCGUCAGCAACCGCUGAAUAGCAAAGCGCAACAGUCAAAUAAUAUUACUAAAAAUAUUCAUAUUCAUGAAAUCACAAGUGCAAUUUUGUUAAUCACCCUGUCGUCUCAGAUUUUGAAAUUAUGCUUUACAGCGAAAGCAAUCCAAGCAUUUGUGUAAGUUUAUCGAUAGCCUAGCAUAGCAUUAUGUACACUUAGCAUCAGGAAGCUUGGUCACGAAAAUCAGAAAAGCAAUCAAAUUAAUCGUUUACCUUUGAUGAUCUUCGGAUGCUCACGAGACUCCCAGUUACACAGCAAAUGUUCCUUUUGUUCCAUAAAGAUGAUUUUUAUACCCAAAAUACCGACGUUUGUUUGUCGCGUUAUGUUCAGAAAUCCACAGGAAAGAGCGGUCACGACAACGCAGACGGAAAUUCGAAAUAUUCUUCAUAAUGUCCACAGAAACAUGUCAAACAUUUUUUAUAAUCAUUCCUCAGGUAGUUUGUAAUAUAUAUAUUCGAUAAUAUAUCAACCGAGUGUGUAGCUUUUUCCAUAACAGCGGGAGGAACAAUGGCCGCUUUACUCAAUUGCGCACAAACUCACUCUGAGAGCCCCCACCUCUCCACUUACGCAAUGUGAUCCUUCACGCUCAUUUUUCAAAAUAAAAGCCUGAAACUAUGUCUAAAGACUGUUGACACCUUAGGGAAGCCACAGAAAAAGGACUCUGGUUUAUAUCCCUUUAAAUGGAGGAUAGGCAUGCAUAGGAACACAGAGGAUUCAAAAUAAGAGACACUUCCUGAUUGGGCUUUCCUCAGGCUUUCGCCUGCAAUAUCAGUUCUGUUAUACUCACAGACAAUAUUUUUACAGUUUUGGAAACUUUAGAGUAUUUUCUAUCCUAAUCUGUCAAUUAUAUGCAUAUUCUAGCAUCUGGUCAUGAGAAAUAGGCCGUUUACUUUGGGAACGUUAUUUUUCCAAACAUAAAAAUAGUGCCCCCUAGCUUCAAGAGGUUAAACUCAGUUGAAGACUUAUUGACAUUUCAGCUUUUCAUUUUUUAUUAAUUUGUAGACAUUUUGAAAAACAUAAUUCCACUUUGACAUUAUGGGGUAUUGUGUCUAUGCCAGUGACAAAAGAUCUCAAUUUAAUACAUAAAACAAAAAUUCAGGCUGUAACUCAACAAAAUGUGGAAAAAGUCAAGGGGUGUGAAUACUUUCUGAAGGCACUGUAUUAAUUGGUGGAUGCCCAUCAUCCAUUUCGUAUGAUCUGUUACGAAUUUGGAAUAUAUAUGAUAUGAUACCAAUUAAAUUAGUUGUGGCUAAAUGUAGCUUGAUGGCUAGGUGGCUAAUGAUAAAGUUAACUCUAAAGUAAAGUUAAAUGGCUAACGUUAGCUAAGCUAGGGGUUAAGGUUAGGGUUAGCUAACAUGCUAAGUAGGUGUAAAGUUGCUAAUUAGCUAAAAUUGUCCAUGAUGAGAUUUGAACAUGCAACCUUUGGGUUGCUAGAAGUUUGCAUUAUAUACCCACCUCACUAAAAUGCUUGCCUUAAGUAAACCUUUUGUCUUGUGUAACCUACCAAACGUAAUACAUCAUUCUAAUUUGAGUGUCCAGGACUUACGUUUACUAUGUUACGUCUAGUCUAUGAGACCAGGAUGCCAUCCUUGCAAGUUAAAAGGCCAUACAAUUUAAAUUCUGAAAAAAGGCACGACAUUUCAUAAACUUUAAUGUUGGAAAGUUUAUAUGCUUCAGUUUUCUGGCAUAUGACUGGUUUCACAUUUCUCUCCAGCGAUUUUAAGGUUAAAUAGAUAUAAAAGUGACAUUUAAAUGUACCUUAUUCAACUGAUUACUCAUUUAUCAAGCUCUAAUUAAGUUAUAAAUUACAGUGCAUGGAGAAUGUUUUUAUCUCAAUCAGAAAAAAUCUAGUAGAGGCUUUUUCCACUUGGAACCAGUAGGUUCGCUAGACCUUAUUCAUGGUUUCCUCACAGGUAAAUGUGGUUGAAUUAUUAGUUAAGUCAAGGUCAGAAUACAGCGUAUCUGUAGAUACCUCUGCAACACCUUCAUUUAUUUGAUCUCCACCCUAAACGAAUAGCUGGUGAAUAGCAGGCUAUUCUCAUGCUUAACUUUAAGGUCAGAAUACGGGUAGAGAAAAGUGCAUAAAAAGGGAAGUACUGUAUGUUCCAUUAACGCACACUUAACUCGGGUCGGAAUUCCACCAAUAAUGCAGUAUAUUUUCUAACAAACAAAGCACAAAAAAACAAGACCAAUAUUGACCAAUACCUUUAAAGCACAAGCAACAGACAUUCCAAUCGACUUCAGGUUGUGCAAAUCAGGAACUGGAUAUCAUGGAGGAAACACAAACUUGCGUCUUGUCAACAGGUGUUGACAAGAAGCAAAUUGAUUCUCAUUGGUCCUGAUCUAUGAUCUGUGUCCAUUUUUGAUAGGAGGAAAACCAGACAUGACCAGUGCACUAAUUAGACCCUAGUUCAGAAUGCUUUUAUACAUUUUCCUCACAAUGUUGGAGUGCCCACAAGCGUACUGCUGCCCAAUAUCCUCCAAUAUAACAUUGGUGAACUCAUUGUAGAGAGAAGACAUACAAACCAUAUUUAUUGUCAUUGAUUUACUAAUUUUGAUAUUAAAAAGGAAGAUAUUGCUGUAA